CUCCGUACUUCUAGUCCUAUUUCACCAAUGUCUGAACCUGCUAGUCAGCCAGGAGCGCCAACAGACGGCGCACAGAACAUCCCAGCAGCCAGCGAGAAGUCCAUAGCUACAGAGAUGGAGAAGAAGGUGCCCGCAAAAGUCACCAGUGCUCUGGCGACUCCAGAUCGCAUUCUCCUGCGAUUGAACAAACUGCUCGCUGCUCCUGGCGGCUUAAGCGCCUUCCUCUCUACCUUCAACUACACCCUCUACCUCCUUGCACAUCUCGAUGCGAAAGCAGCUCCUCUUAAGACGAAGCUGUAUAUGUUCUUGAACCGAAAUGCAGCUCUUCCGAAAGCCACACCACCAGUGCCAACUGAGCCGUCCCCGAUCGCAGCUCUUGGGGGCCUCCUCUCAGCUACCCGAACAACCCUUCGAUUGUUUGGACUUCUGCCGAUGUAUGCGUGGGCGCGACAGCUAGCUCAGGGACCUAAGCCAGGCCAGGAUCAAGUGCUGUAUGCGACUGCUGUAACGCAAUGCGCCCUGUACAUUGCUUUCCAGGGCCUUGAGAACAUUGCUCUCUUGACCGACAGUAAGAUCCUCCCGGCUUCGCUGACAACGAGGUGGACAGAGAAGCAUGGCGGAAAAGCGACAGCAUUGUACACCGCUGCGUAUCGGGCGUGGUUCUUCGGCUUCUGCUGUGACUUUGUCAGACUCUUUAGGGAAGCGCAGCUGGAGAGAAACAAGCGAGCUGAGCGCAGCUCGUCGGAGAAGAGCGAUGUCUCGAUCAAGAAAGAGGACGAAAAGAAUGACCAGAGGUGGUGGGCGGAGAUGGUUGUGCCUUUGAUGUGGUUCCCAGUCGGCUUCCAAUUCGCCGCCUUGAACGACACUGGCUUCCCUGGCUUCAAUUUAGGUCUCAUGGGAGCAUGUGGUGCGAUUGCAGGUCUCGGUAAAACGAAGGCUCUCUGGGACGCAACUGCGGAUGCUUAGUGGGAGGAUGAGCCAGGAGAAGAGUUAGGUCGAGGAUGGAGACAGGUGGAACUCGCGGCUUGUCCUGCACGUGGACAGACAGAUUGACAGUCAUGGUAUAUGGAGUUGUCUGCGCAUGGUCGGAAGCAAGAAAGCAAUCUUUCGUUGAUAGCAUUGUAGUCUGCGCAGCGUUUUAAUGGGUUCGUUCGCAAGAGAAAGGCUUCAUCAUGUCGAUUCAGUGAUGGCAUGGAUUAUUGUAACGUGCUGAGAACUGGGAGUAGAAAUCUUAGCGCGAUGAAACAUGGUUGCGUGAAGGUGAAGGCGAAACUCAGCUUGCUUGUUGU